AUGUCAGAAAGCGUAGCUUUCCAUACAGAACGGGGGAAAAUCUGUUCAUUAUCUAUCUUUCUAUCUAAAUCUGUUCAUUAUCUAUCUAUCUAUCUAUCUAUCUAUCUAUCUAUCUAUCUAUCUAUCUAUCUAUCACUCUUCUGUUCAUUUGCUAUCUAUCCAUGUAUCGAAGUCUGUUCAUUACCUCUAUAUUCAUUAUCUAUCUAUCUAUCUAUAUUUCUAUCUAAGUCUGUUCAUUAUCUAUCUAUAUCUAUCUCUCUAUCUAUCUAUCUGUCUCUUUUCUUUUCACUUUGGCCAACUCUUUCACACUUCAUCUUCAUUUUAUUAUUUUCAUCCUAUCCAUGUAUAUCACUAUCCAAACUUAUCUAUCUAUCUAGUUUAUUCAUAUCUAUCUAUCUAUCUAUCUAUCUAUCUAGCCAGGUCUGUUCAUUUUCUCUCUAUCUAUCUAUCUAUCUAUCUAUCUAUCUAUCUAUCUAUCUAUCUAGUCAGGUCUGUUCAUUUUCUAUCUAUCUAUCUUUCUAUCUAUCUAUCUAUCUAUCUAUCUAUCUAUCUAUCUAUCUAUCUAAGCCUGUUCACCUAUCUAUCUAUCUAUCUAUCUAUCUAAGCCUGUUCAUCUAUCUAUCUAUCUAUUCAAUUUAUUCAUAUCUAUCUAGAUUAUUCAUAUCUAAGUCUGUCCAUAUCUAUCUACUCAUUCAUAUCAUACUUAUUCAUAUCUAUCUAAUUCUAUUCAACUCUAUCUAUCUUUCUCAUUCAUAUCUAUCUAUCUAUCUAUCUCUAUCUAUCUAUCUAUCUAUCUAUCUAUCUAUCUAUCUAUCUAAUUCUAUUCAAUUCUUUAUAUCUAUCUAUCUAUCUAUCUAUCUAUCUAUCUAUCUAUCUAUCUAUCUAAUUCUAUUCAAUUCUUUAUAUCUAUCUAUCUAUCUAUCUAUCUAUCUAUCUAUCUAUCUAUCUAUCUAUCUAUCUAAUUCUAUUCAAUUCUUUAUAUCUAUCUAUCUAUCUAUCUAUCUAUCUAUCUAUCUAUCUAAUUCUAUUCAAUUCUUUAUAUCUAUCUAUCUAUCUAUCUAUCUAUCUAUCUAUCUAUCUAUCUAUCUAUCUAUCUAUCUAAUUCUAUUCAAUUCUUUAUAUCUAUCUAUCUAUCUAUCUAUCUAUCUAUCUAUCUAA